AUGCGAGAGACAAGAAACUCUGAAGGAGAAAGGGAGUUAGAGAGAGUGAGCGAGUCAGUCGGCAGCCUGAAUCCCCCCUUCCCUUUACUCGGGAUGUCCGGCAGCUUGGGGACCAUGACCUGGACCCUGUUCCUCCUCCUCUUUGCACCUGGCUGGGUAGAAGCGCAGGCCUGCACGUAUCCCUGCCAGUGUCCCUCCCAGCCUCUGCAGUGUCCUGCUGGCACCAGCCACGUGUUGGAUGCCUGCGGUUGCUGCAAGGUGUGCGCCAGGCAGCUGGGCGAGCUCUGCUCCCUUCAGAAACCCUGUGAUCAUCACAAGGGACUCUACUGCGACUUCUCCAAAAUCCACAGAGGCAGCGGGAUCUGCUUAGCUCACGAGGGGGCAACUUGUGACCUGCUGGGCAAGAUCUACCACAACGGGGAGAGCUUCCAGCCCACGUGCAAGCUGCAGUGCAUCUGCAUGGACGGGGCCAUUGGCUGCAUCCCUCUGUGCUCCGAUGACCUGAGGCUGCCAUCCCCCGAAUGCCCCAACCCCCGGCGGGUGAAGUUUCGCAAUAAGUGCUGCGAGGAGUGGAUCUGUGAGGAGGGCAGUGAGGAAAACCGCUUUGAAACAGCCAUGGCAGUUUUCAGGGAGACUCCAGCACAAAAGCCGGAGCUGAAUAACCUGCAGGAGAACUGCUUAGUGCAGACCACUGAUUGGAGCGCUUGCUCCAAGAGCUGUGGGAUGGGCAUCUCUGCCCGAGUAACCAACGACAACCCCCAGUGCCGCCUGGAGAAGGAGACUCGGCUCUGCAUGGUCCGGCCCUGCGAUUUCCCUAUGGAGAAAACCAAGAAGGGGAAGAAGUGUGUGCGGACCCCAAAGCCACGCCAGAGCCUCCACUUUGAGUUCUCGGGCUGCACCAGCAGCCGUUCCUACCGGCCCAAGUUCUGCGGGAGCUGCACAGACGGCCGCUGCUGCACCCCAUACGUCACCAGCACCGUGGAGGUGGAGUUCCGCUGCCCCGAGGGGGACUUCUUCCAGCGGAAGAUGAUGUUCAUCAAGAUGUGUUCCUGCCAUUACGACUGCCCCCGAGACAACGACAUCUUCUUGGCCACGUACCACAGGAGGAUGAUUGGAGACCAUGUCAAGGCCGAGAGGCAGUAGCCCUCUCUUUGCCAGCUCCACAGGCCAAGGUGUCAAGAGGGCUCUGCAGUGCUUUCGUGGCUGUGUCCCAGGACAAUGCAGCCUCUUCCCCCUCUGUGAGGGGCUGUGCUCUUCGGAACAGCACCAUUCACCACCAGCGGUCUCAGUGGCCUUGCUAACAAGCUAAGGCACAUGGGGGAGCAGCCCCCUCAGUCCCACGCUGCUGGCCUACACCCAGAGUUGUGCAAAGGUCAGUGAAAGAAUCCGUGCUGAGGUUCCUCAAACACAACCUGCACCAAGCUGGGAAGGUGAUCUGAAACAGGCCUGAGCUACAAACUUGAUCCAUGUUCCCACAGAGUAGAUGGGAGAAUGGAUCGAAGUCAUGUGGCUCCAGCCUGUCUCCAGCUGAGAGCGCAGUGGGUACAAUUCCCCAAGGCCGCUGGCCUGCCAGAACCAUGCAGUGAACCCAGAGCAUGAACCAAAGGGGAAAUCCAGGAGGUCUGAGCUGAUGUAGAGCUCUGCAGCUUGUUUUCUAGCAUAAUGGGGCUCUGAUGUGUGUUGAUGCAAAGUAUCUCAGCAAGGAAAGUGGUCCUGGCCCAGUGCUGGGCUCAGGCUGAGCCUUGCAAUUAUUUUUGGCUAAUUGGAUCCAGAAAAUUGGCAAAGCUCUUCCCCAUCCCUUUGCCCACCCUUUUCCCUUCUACACACUUUUCCAUCAGCAGCUUUUUUUCCAGAUCAGUUUGCUCUUGGAGAGGUUGGUGGGUGACCUGUUCUCAGGGCAGCUUGAGGCUAGGCUGUCUUUUUUUUUCUUGUUAAAUUCCUUUUAGCCUUGUGUGCCAAUGAGGAUGACAGCAAAGACAGAGGUACAAGGAAACAGGGAGUUGCACAGUGUCAUUGCAAAAAAACCUAGAAUGGUUCAGGGCUUCCUUCAGAAGAUCUGAGCCUGGGAAGGACUUUCCUUAUAUGAGAAAAGAUUCAGCCAGGCUGUAGCUUUGCUGCCUCUAGCGCUAACAGGUCAGUUCUCAGGCCUGCUGCCCAUUUCAUAUACACAGGUCCAAGGAGCAAUUCCAGUGCAGAAUUAGGGUGAGUCAGGGUGUCAGUCUGAAACAUGCCCCUGUGGGUCCUGAUCAUGUCAGCUGUGGUGCCAGCGAUGAAUAUUUCCUAUUGUCCCCUUUCAUAAUCACUUUAGAAACAGUUCCUCAGUGGGAGAUGAAGCUGGGCUCCUCUGGCUCAUGCGCUUGCAGUAGAGCUGCAACUACAUUUCGGAUCUAGAAUCUGUGUUGCUUGUGGGUCAUGAGUUGGAAGAACAUAGUUCAGCUUGGAUCUCUCCGAGGAGUUGGAGGCACUGGCAGGAAAAAUUGUCCAUAUCUGUAACCAGAGCAGAUUUCAUCUGGAGUUACUGAGAGAGUGCUGUGGAAAACUGCUUGGUGCUGAGGGUCUUCCAGCUGCAGGAUUCACUUCUUGCCCCAGACCUGCGAUGAGGGUCACCGCCAUUGAGAAUGCGCUGCUCGCCCCAGUUACCAGCCCUUAACUCCUGAGCAGACCAACACCGGCGCCUCCCUGAGAGCACCCACCAGGCUGAAACACAGCCUGUGCUGAGCAUCUCGGCACCUCCGUGUUAUCUCCAGAGACUAUCCGUUACCAUUUAGUCUCUGCUCAUUUUAGCAGAAGGGCCCAGCUAAGGGGCCGAGCUCCUCAAUCCCUAAAUAUCUUUCCAGCCUUUGCUCUUUCGGUCAGCUGGAAAUCAUGAUGAAUUCACGUCCCAGCCAGGCAGCCGCAAGGGCGACGCUGCACCGCUGCGGCCGGCCCUGGCCCCAGCACAACUCCCGUUUCGGAGCAGAGCUUCAUGUCGGAGGACAAGCCAAGCCGUUAAUAGAUGCUGCCCUUUGCAUCCAGACCGUAACUUGUCACCGCUGCGUUGGAUGCCGAAAUGCCAGUUCGGGGCAUGCAUAUGGUGUCAGCCCUUCUUUUCUUGCUCUCUUGGCCUGCAGAUGCUCGUGAGCCUUCAGCCUCCUGUUACUUGUAAUCAAUUUGAACUGUAAAUAAUUUAUCUCUUGGUUUCUUUUUUUUUUUUUUUUAAGACCUUUGUACAGUUUUUGUAUCCUUUUAUCAUCACCUUGCUUGGGGUCCUUUCAUGAUGUAGAUUUUUUUUUUUUCCCCCCUUGCCUUCCAGUUCUGGCCUGAACUUUUUUCUUGCCAUUUACCUGGCUUCUGAGUGUAAAACUAAGCUGAGGGUCGCA